GGAGGAUUUUAGAUGCGCACCGUGUAGGGACAUAAAUGACAUGCCGUUGUGUCAGUAAGAUAAAUAAGUGUUACCAACGCCAAGCUGGCAGACCCCCGAACCGUAGUAAAGAGACCUCCGAAGACCAUUAGCUCCUUUAGCUUGUGUUAGCCGUUGUGGCAACAACACAUAAACAACGGGACUUCGUCUGCGUUAAAGAACGGCACUUUAUUUUCAGCACUGCAGGGAUGAUGCACAGCCUCUGUCAUCAGUGUCUGACUUUUACAUAGAGGGAAAUAACUCAAAAACAGCAUGCAGAACUGUGAAGGCUUCUUCACUUUGGCUGCUCGAUGUAAACAGAGCACAUGCCUCACUUUUCUUUCAAAGCUGGGGUUUAUUCACAUGCUGAAAGCUUUGGACCCCAGCUUCAACAACAAACUGAUCAACAGCAUCAAGUCUGCACAUCCUCCAUCACUUCCUCCUCCGUCAUCUCCUCCAUCACCUCCUCCUCCUUCUGUCAUGAGUCCUCCUGCAGAUUGUCUCUCCCCUCAGAAGAAGAAGAGGAGGAGGUCAGAGAUGGAAGAGUGUCCCACACCUGUUGACAUCGAAACACCUGAGAAAGCAGAAAAGAAGAAGAAGAAGAAGAAGAAGAAGACGAGAGAGAAAGAGGAGGACAGUCUUCACCCUCCUCCUCCUCCUGCUGAUGUGAGCAGCCCGGAGAAGGAGGAGAAGAGGAAGAAGAAAAAGAGAAUGGAGAGGCAGGAGGAGGAGGUGAAGGACGAGGUGCAGGACGCCGCAGAAACCAACGAAGCAGAGAAGAAGAAGAAGAAGAAGAAGAAGAAAAAGAAACACAAGGAAGGGCAGGGUGAGGAGAGCAUCGCCAUGGUAACAACAGACCAUAACCACAGAGAGACAGACGACAUUGCCACGAAGAAAAAGAAGACGAAAGAAGAGAGUGUGGAGCAAGUGAUGUCACAGGAAGGAGAGAAGAAGAAGAAGAGAGGGGAGAAAGUGAUGUCACAGGAAGGAGGGACUGUAGGAGAGAAAAGGAAGAAGGAGAGAGGGAAGGAGAGGAGAGGAGCAAAAGAGAAGGUGGGGGAGACGAAGAAGAGGACGACAGGAGGAGGAAGAGAAGGAGUGAAGAAGAAAAGAGGAGCUGAAGGAGAGGAGCAAGUGGACUGGGCAUCGUUAAAGGAGCUUCAGGAGUUUGUUCCAGGCGUGGAGAAGAAAUCAGCUGAUGAGAUCAACAAACUGCUGAGAUACGACCUGCAGCGCUUCAAGUACUUGAAACAACAAGGUGUGUCUUUGCGUCGGGGGCGGUGCUCUCAGGAAGAGAAUCAGCGAAUCAGAGAGAACGUGGCAGACUUCCUGGCUCUGACAGGCAUCAGCUCGGCCAAUCAGCUUCUGUUUCCUCAGAGGUACAAAGAUCAGGAGGUAGAGAUUAAGAAGCUGAGAGCACGACAUCACUUCCUGGAGAGAAUCGCCGAGGGGAUUCCUCGCACGUGCCAACAAGUUCACACAAGAGCCAAAAAGAUUUUUGACGACAGGAACCACAUAGGAAGGUACUCAGAGGAGGAGGUGCGUUCUCUGAUGAAGUUACAGAAUCUCCACGGCAACGACUGGAGGAAGAUCUCUGAGAAGAUGGAUCGCAGCGUGUACUCUUUACAGAAACGCUUCGUCAGCCUCGCUGCAGGUCGCGGUUCGUGGAGUCCAGACGAGGAGUCCAGGUUGAAGCAGGCUCUGAAGGCCCAUCUGGAGGUUCUGGUCCAGCAAAGCUCUACUGGUCCUGGUCUGAGCAGAGACCAGCUGUGUAACAACCUGCCCUGGAAGGAGAUCAGUCAGCAGGUCGGGACCAGGUCCUGGAGCCAGUGUCGACUCAAGUGGUUCUCCCUCUUGAAGUCCAAACUGUCUUCAGGUGUCAGCACCUUCAACAGAGGACCUGAAGGACUUCAGGCUAAAAUCCACCUCAUCAACACGUACGAUGAUGAUGAUGAAGACAAACUAACUGUCUGUUUUAGGCUGUACAACAUGCAGGUGAACGACAUGGCUGACAUCGACUGGGACGAGGUCGCUCACGCCAUCGGUAACGUGACUCCGUUGUGUGUACAGAAAAGUUUCCACAGACUGAAAGUUUCCAGAGUUCCCAAUUGGACCAGUUUAUCCUACGGAGAGAUCGUGGACUUCCUGCAGCUGAUGGUGGUUCCCGUCCUGAAGGAGAAGCUGAGGAGGCUCAGCAGGGAGGAGGAGCAGGAGGAGGCGCACAGCGACACCAGCUACCUGCUGUCUGACAUCAUCGGCUCGCAAGAUGGAGAGGACGACUUCAUAGAGGUGGACAACAGUCAGCUGACCUCCGGCCAAUCAGGACGAAGACGCCUGUAGAGAACAGCAGGCCCCGCCCCUUCUCCGAUGUGAUUGGCUGGCUUUCUGUCAGAGUGUGGAUGUGCACCGUUAUCACGCCGGUGUAUGCCUGCGAUAUGAGGUAGCAGAGUCUAACAGUUAUGAGAGCCGACAGAUCUGCUGUGGCGAAAGCGGCGUUGAUGUCACCAUGAUCACAUGACCCACACAGACACGUCGGACAGCGAGGUGAUGAUGUCAUUUGGACUGAUGUUAAAUCAGAUUGGGACGUUUCUGUUCGUACGAGUGAAACUUUGUCUGCUGGUGACACCACGCCUUUUUGUAAUCAGCUGACGGUCACCUGUUCGCCGCAGCCAGCUGCCACACUUCCUGUAAACUGCUCCCCUGACCCUCACUGCUCCAAGAGAUGAACGAACUCAACAAACUUUUAUUUUGAAAGUCUUGAUGAAUUUGUGGUGAUUUGGUUUUCUAAUUAAAUAUUUACUUCCUG